AUGUUAAUCGACGACGAAGCUGCAUUACGUGACUGGCUUGUUACAACGCUUGAACCAUUAUGUGAUGCCGAACCGAUAGCGCUUGCUCGUUAUGUUCUUGCACUCGUUGCUAAAGAUAAACCGUUAGAUAAACUUCGUGAAAAUUGUAUUGAUCGACUUGAAGUUUUUCUCGAUCGAGUAACAAAAGAUUUUGUUGACCAAUUAUUUGAUGUUAUAAGAAAUCGACGCUAUAUACCUGAAGGAAAAAAAGAAAAUGUUCAACCAAAACCAAAUGAGACAAAUACUGAAAUGUCUGCAAUGCAUCAACCACAAAAUGUUCCAUUGCCAACAAAACAAGAUGAUAUUCCACAAACUGAAUCAACAGCAUCUUCAUCGGUAACAAUGAAUCAACCAAUAAAACGAAGUUAUUCUUCUCGUUGUCAAUCAAAUACUGAUAAUGAUAAUCAUAAACGUCAAUCUACAGGUUCACCAUCAGCUAAACGCACUCAACGUUCUUAUUCUCAUUCGUCAACAGAUUCUUCACCAUCACCAAUAAAUACAAAUUUAUCAUCGAAUAAAAUUCCAUGUAAAGAUUUUUUUGAUAAUAAAGGUUAUUGCGCUCUGGGCGAUUCAUGUCCAUAUGAUCAUGGGUCUAAUGUUUUAACUUUUGAACAGCAAGAUUAUUAUUCAAAUUAUCAACCAUAUGAUACACAAUCAACAGAUAUUCACCAACAAUAUAAUCCUGAAAUACCUGAUUUAAAAUAUGAUUUCCAUCAAAUAUCAUCAAUGUCUAGUAGACAACCAUUACCUGUGGGCCACCGAACAUUAGUUACCGUUGUAACGAAUGCGGAACCACUAAAUACCGAACAAAAAUUACGACAAAAUAAUUCAAAUGGUCCUAUGCAUCGUACUAAACGACAUGUUACUACUGCGCCAUAUCCAAUGAAUAGGCGAUUACAACAAUAUGAUCAUCAAUCGAAUAAAAACAAUCACGAUAAUAAUCGUGCUCGAAAACGACCAUGGCAAAAAUCAGAUGGAUCAGGAUCAACACUUGAAAUACGUAAAAUUCCCGUUGAAUUUAAUACAAUUUCAAAAUUAAACGAACAUUUUAGUAAAUUCGGCACUGUUACCAAUGUUCAAAUUGCUUUUGAUGGUUCUGCUGAUUCAGCACUUAUUGCCUAUGGAACAUUUCAAGAAGCUGAAACAGCCUAUAAAAAUCCCGAACCAUUGUUUAACAAUCGUUUUAUAAAAAUAUUUUGGCACAAUCCUAAUAAAGGACAAAAUCAAACAAAUAUUAAUAAUCCACCUCCAUCGGAUUCAACCCAACCACAAAAACCAAGAACUGCUCCGAAUCCAGUAAAACAUCAUUGGACAAAAAUACAAAAACCAGUACCAAAUAAAACUGAAGUACCACCGAAAAAGAAAGCAGCUAUUCCACCUGCUCCGUCUGCAAUAAAAAAAGAAGCAGCAAAGAAAGCUGCCAUAGAAAUUCGCCGUAAAAAACAAGGUUUAUUCGAAGAACAAAUUCAACAGCAAAAAUUAUUAUUAAAAAAACUUGAAACAGCUGAAACCAAUGAAGAAAAAGAAUCUAUUCGAUCAUUGAUAAAACAAAUUAAUUCAACUGUUGUUAUAUUGAAAGAUUCAUUCCGUACACUACCAAUUAAAUCAGCGCCACCAAUAAUAAAAAUUAGUCAACAAGAUAUUCUUAAAAAACGCGCAGAAACAUUAAAGAAACAAAUUGAAAGUCUUCGAGCGAAAACAUCAGCAGAUAUGCGUCGUGUGAUAAGUAAUACAUUAGACAAUGAAGUAGUUAAUGCAAAUCAAAUAAAUAACAACGAUGAAGAUGACGAAACAAAUAUUCUUAAUGAGGAAGAUCAAUUAUUAAAUGAUAAUGAAAAAAUCAACAAUUCAUCUUAUAAAUUUGAUACUAAUGAUGAAGCAAAAUUACUCGGUUCUUAA